UUACAGGAAAAAAUUAAAAAAAAAAAAGCCUCAAUCAUGGUGAUGAAUCCUUUAAGAAAAUUCCCACAUGGCGCAAAGCCGAAAGCGCCGAAAGCAACAUUCACUGUAGCUUUCAUCUUUUUGCUCUCGUUUCUGUCACCAAAAUCUGUUUCAGGAGAAGUUAGUGAUGAUGAUAAGAAUUUUUUCGAGAUGAAACUUGGUUCAAGCCCUCCAGCUUGUGCAAACAAGUGCUUUAAUUGCAGGCCUUGCAUGGCUACUCUUGUACUUAUCGAUGACAGUAAAAAGCCUCCAAGAGCAGCACUAAAUAAUAUUGAUCUUCAAGAUUAUAUUGAGAGUUAUUAUUAUGCUCAAGUGUGGAAAUGCAAAUGUGGAAAUAAGAUCUAUGACCCUUGAACACUAAAAUAAAUAUUAUUUCUACAAUUUGGGUA